UGACAAUAAACAAGAACAGCUGACUUGGUCGGAAUACGAAAUGGUUUGUUUUAGUGGUUAGCUGUUAUUUUGGAUGUGAAUGAUGAGUGGAAUUGCAAAUUCACGACUAAUUCCUUUAACAAUUACAGAAUAUAGAUUGUCCUACAUGUAUUCAUUGUAGAUUCACUUUUAGUGAAUUAGAAAUUCAUUAACUUUUGCUGUUGUAAUAGUGAAAUUAUAGGAGUUAGUACCUCGUUAGUAAGUGUAUCCAAUGAAUUAAAAUUUGUAAUAGGUAACAUAACAAGUACACAACUGAUGAUAUUUUCUUUCUGAUUACUGCAACCAGAUAAAAACUUACAUAUGAACUAUCAAAUACCACAUUAGUUGGAUAAUAAUCAUGAUAGAUCUGGUUGCAAGUAAAUAUGGUGGGAUUAGGGGUCCUUUCAGGACAGGGUUGAUGUUCCUUUUUCAUUUGGCCUGGAAAUCGAGGGUGAGACUACCAGUUUUAAUAGCUAUAGGCUUCAUGGUACUGGACAUCAGGAUGCAGUUGGAGAUAAACAUUGACCUGGGCAGAGCAGGAAGGCAAGCUGUACCUUUGCUAGGCCAAGGCAAUGAUCAGGCUCAUGUAAUUGACUUGGAUGAGACAGACAGUGAAGAAACCUAUACUGGGGAAGAAGAUUCUGACUCGUACACCACAGAUUCGUAUACACUGCACUCGGAAUGUAUUUCUAAUAGUUCUGACGAAGAAGAUGAACACAACAAUGACCAGUCAUUGGCCACAGAUGACAGUAAUGUGACAGAGGAAGCUCAAGUGACAUAAGUAAGAUAACUUAGUUUUAAUUAUUAUAGCGUAACUUUUUAUUUUUAAAACCUUUAAUGUCAAUUAAUUAUAAAUAGGCUAGUUGAAAUAGUCAAUGUUUUUAAUAAAAUCCAAAUAAGAUAUAGUUAAAUUUUGAAUAAUUGAGGAAUAGAUUAUGGGAAAACUGUACAAAGUGAUAUUAAAUCUAUUAUAACUUUA